AUGCGGUGCCUAUCCAGUCGCUUCUCUGAGCCAGCAGCUUUUUUGGCAGACGGCACGUCGGCCAUGCAGCACAUCAUCGGUAACCGCUCACUUCUGCCACCCUCUCCGACAGCCGACCAACUGCUGCUGCUUCUACGCGAGUCUGGCUAUCCAUGCACUUCAUUGACGGCGCCGGAUAGCAACGCGGGGGUGCUAGGCUGGCCGCCGGCGUCUUUCUCGGCCGCCAGCAUCACGCGCCAGUGCCCUACGAGCAGACGUGUGGCGAGCACCUUUGCUGCCGCUGGGGCUCACUCGAUGCUGGGUGAGAUGCUGCAGUUCUUCGCCGAAUCAGUGACACGCCUCUUCACUAGCGGCGUGGCCGAUCCGUCCGUCCGUGCGUUUCCUUCGGAGUGGGACCGUCGCCUACACGCACCGGCUGCUGCGUCCCUGCGCCAGCACCACCUCUAUGAGCUACAAGGCUUUAGCACGCUCUUUACGUACAUAUGGGGUCAGGUGGCUACGUCUUUGCCACUUUUGCGAGAGCAGAACAGAGACGGGCAGGGCCUAGUGGACUCUACGGAGUGUGACGUGGUGUCAUCGACCUUGCCUGCGAUGUGCUUCACUCGUGGCGCAAGUGCGAAGGCCCCAGCGGCACAGCAGCCACCAUCCCGUCCUCUUCCGAUGCCGGCGUCAACUGCCGCAGCGCGUCAGUCUCAGCCAUUUCACCGGGCACCGAAUAAAGGCAGCAGUGACGGUCCUAACAGUGGCAGCGCUGUGGCGCAUGUACACCCGUGUAUUCCCCUCACCUCAGCGACACUAUUUCUCCCCGAUGUUGAGGCGGCACCCAUUCACUGUAUCGGAAAGCGGCAGAAAGACGGACCUCUCUCAGCGGUGUUGAGUCGAUCUGCAGUCCAGCCAGCAGCUCUAGCAGUGGUUCAGCACGCUCUGACAGCGCAUGCGAAGGCGCAGGGACCAUUUCAGCCCUCGAUUCCACGUGAAGGACUUGUGCCGUCAUCGAGUCCUCGAGAGGACGAGAGAUUGCACCCACAAAACUCCAGCGCAGUGAGCGCCCAUGCACCGCGUUCACUGGAAUCGGCGCCCUCACACCUCAUAGUAGCACAAACCUUGUCAGUAGAGAAGGCGAUGCAGCUGGAUCGUCAGCGCGAACUACGAAGAGAACUGGGGGUCCGUCGCGUGCGCAACUACGCCGCUGAAAGCGACAUGCGCGACUAUCUAGCCAGUUUUCAGGCGAACAUGCGAAGCUUACUAGAGAUCGAAGAUGUAGCAGCAGGAGACGGUGGGUAG